AUGGCUGAAGAGCUCGGUGAUCUUGCCAUGCUGCUUCAUUCACCGCCCGCAACGUCUUCUGCUGUGGGCCCCUUCCUACCGCCCGAGACCCAGUUCAGCCUUGUCGAUACGAUCGAAAGCACGCUGCAAAAUGAAGCAUACCGGAACGAGCAAGUUCAAUCUAUCAUGGCUUUCUUAUCCGACCCUGAAAAAGCACGCAUUUGUGCGGAGACCAAACUGAUCGAAACACCACAUUUUGAGCCUGUGAACGACUCAGCGAUACUAGGCAAGACGCGUGGUGCUGCCUGCCCUGCUGAAGAUACAUCAGAUACCGUAUACGAGCAGCGACAUCUGAAGCAUGAACGGGCGGAAAAACGUCUACGCCGUCUGGAGAAAGAAGCUCUCAUCCGUGAUCGACGCAGAGCUAUGGAGCGCCUAUCUCGCCUAGAACAGGUGGAUGUCCAGAAACUCUUACCAGCCCUCGAAGCUCGGCAGGCGCAAGAAGAAGCAUCUCAGCCCCCCAAAACUCGCGAAGAGCUCUUGACGUAUGUCACAGAGAUCCAUGCUACUAUGCUGGCAGAUGCCCGCGCUAUCCUGGACCGAUACAACACGCUCUUACCUGAUGAGGUAGAGCAUGAUGCCAGUGCAGCCUCGUCGGUAGCUACAUUAUCUACCGCCUCUACACCGGAGCCUAGUGCCACGCAGCGACUCCAUCGGCCGCCCCGCUCAAGUCACACGGGCACGGCCGCUACGGCCACCGUUUCACUCACCACGAAACGCCCACAGCGAGUGGGUCCCACACUCUCUGAAAUUGCAUCGACUUCAGCUACGGAAGAUCCUAUCACUACCACACCAAAACACACGGAUACGGAUGCGAUACCCUCUCACGAUACCCCCGUACCGUCCAUCCCACCUCCGAAGCAACGACGAAACUCUCGACGAACGAAAUCCACUUCUGCCUUUGGCGAACGUGUGCCUGACUAUCUGGCACGAACAGAGCCGUUCGAUGAUACCAUGACCAACUGGAUCACAUCUACGAUGGAAGCUGUGGUCACAGAGCCAGCGCUGUAG